GACUGCGGACAUACUACAAGAGACGGUCAGAGACUACAGACAGACUACAGGGGAUGUGAGAGACUGCAAACACACUACAGGAGAUGGCCAGAGACUGCAGACAUACUACAGGAGAUGACCAGAGACUGCAGACAUACUACAGGAGAUGACCAGAGACUGCAGACAUACUACAGGAGAUGACCAGAGACUGCAGACAUACUAUAGGAGAUGACCAGAGACUGCAGACAUACUACAGGAGAUGACCAGAGACUGCAAACACACUACAGGAGAUGGCCAGAGACUGCAGACAUACUACAGGAGAUGACCAGAGACUGCAGACAUACUACAGGAGAUGGCCAGAGACUGCAGACAUACUACAGGAGAUGACCAGAGACUGCAGACAUACUACAGGAGAUGACCAGAGACUGCACACAUACUACAGGAGAUGGCCAGAGACUGCAGACAUACUACAGGAUAUGGCCAUUGGCUCC